AUGAAAAAGCUUGACAAAGGCCGGCUCGUGAGAGAUCAGUCUGAGGGGCCCAGCAAGAAUGCAAAGAAGUACAUAGAUCGAGCUGGCAAACAACGCUACACGGGGACCCGCCUUCUGAAGGGUACGCAGACGUACCCUGUGCCCUUUGCGGUUUGGAUGGUGCGACUUCUUCCUGAACUUUUGGGGGCGUCUGAGGGCAAGCCUGUUGUGCAGUCUGAAGUACCAGAUGGACCGACGUGCUUCCAGGAGAUGCCGUGGGAUAUGGCAACAGGAUCGUGGUCUGAUCUGGCGGAUCUUUAUCCUGUUCUUGUGUGCUUGAGAGGGAAUGUAAAUCUUCAGCUGCCCGAGCCGUGGAGAGCCGUUUUCCCAACGCGGCUUUGA